CCCUCCUACGCCUCUCCUACAUACAGUAUGGGUUACUGUAUCCUGGUGGCUCAUGGCCUUGGUCGGUUGUGUUCGGUGGUGGGCCGUUGGGGCACCACAGUUCUCAGUGUCUCGAUGCUACUUCUGUUCCUGCUCUUCUCCUGGAAGACCGUCCAGCAGAACCACGUCUGGCUCUCCAGGGAGGCCCUCUUCCGCUCUGGUAUCCAGACUCUGCCUCACAAUGCUAAAGUCCACUACAACUACGCCAACUUCCUGAAAGACAGCGGCCGGCACCAGGAGGCCAUUCACCACUACACCACUGCCCUCAGGUUAUACCCCCGCCAUGCCAGCGCCAUGAACAACCUCGGCACUCUAACUCGCAACCCAGAGGAGGCUGAGCGCUACUACAGGAGAGCACUGGACACAAACCCUCAGCAUAACCGAGCUCUGUUUAACCUUGGAAACCUCCUCAAGUCCCAGGGGAAGGAGAAAGAGGCUGAGACUUUGCUGAAGGACUCCAUACGCUAUGGUCCACAUUUCGCUGAUGCUUAUUCUAGUCUGGCAUCACUCUAUGCUGAGCAGAAACGCUUUGCUGAAGCCAAUGAAGUGUAUCUGAAAGGAAUAGAGAACUGUCCAGACAGCUCUGACCUGCAUAAUAACUACGGAGUGUUUCUGGUGGAUACGGGAGAAGGUGAGCUGGCAGCUGCUCACUACCAGCAAGCUGUUAGACUCAAACCAGCACACUACGUUGCCAUGGUGAACCUGGGCCGCCUGCUCCGAUCCUCCAAUGAGAACAAAGAAGCCGAGUCUUGGUACAAGAGGGCGCUGCAGGUGACGAGGAAGGUGGACAUUUUGACUCCACUUGGAGCUCUGUACUACAACACAGGACGCUACGAGGAGGCCCUGCAGGUGUACAGAGAGGCAACUUCCCUGCAGCCAGACAGUACCGACAUCUGGUUGGCUCUGGCUCAGGUUUUAGCCAUGGCAGGUCGUCCCAAAGAGGCUGAGAAGAUGACCCUUGACAUCAUAUCCAGAGAAGGCAACUGUAUCGAAUGUUACCGCCUCCUGUCCGCAAUCUACAGCAAGCGUGGCAACUACACAGAGGCUCUGGAUGCUCUGGACAGGGCCCUGCAGCAGAACCCCAGUGAUCUAACAGUGAGAGCAGAGCUGUAUUUCUCCAAAGGAAACCAGCUCAGAGAGAUGAACCAGCUGGACCGAGCCUUUGAG